CAAUGUAAUUUAAUAAUUUAUAUUUCAUAGAACACGUAAAAUUUGACAAAGCUUCCGUUUUUAGGAAAAUGCGGGAUGUGUAUCAAAUUUUAUCAAAAUCAAUUGAAUUGGCGACGGCUGAAGCGUGAAGAAAAUUUUCCGAAUGAAAGGAAUAAUGAUCCCGCUGCAAUUAGUCUUUACUUUUUGUUAAACGGAAUUAGCAUUGUUAGGAAAGGGUCAAGUUGUUCCAUCUACCGUUUCUAGGUCGCCGUGACGAGCAUAGAUUAUGAGUAAAAACAGCAAAAAGGCAAUGGCGGCUAUUCUUUAGACAGUCACCGAACUUCUAAUGAAAAAUCCAAGAAAAAUGUGAUCUACGCGUUGAUUCAGCCAAAACAGAUUCGAGGUGUGGCCAGAAGGCCAAGGGAUGGUAUUGCCCGCAGGGAAGAGAUGGCACACAGUAUGUAUAGACAAUGGCUGGCAAACAAAUAAAUUCCACACCGGAUUCAAUGAGUAACGGAUGGUGGUUAAUCGCGGAUCAAACAGGAAAGAUCGUCGGAAGGCAGGAAGGAGUAAACAAUCGAGCGCGCUUAAGUAAUGAGCGAGAUUCAUCUAAACUCGGAUUUGGACUUAGAAGAGAUAGAAGAAGAGCUUCUCUUGCAAGAGAUUCGUGACCAGGAAUUACCAGCCUCAGCUUACUCCAGACCCGAGGACAUUCAGAACUUCGAUAUCGCCGGCAGUAGUACAGGGGAGCAAUUUGGCUCCCAACCUUUGAAGCUGGAUUCGCCAGGGGUCCAUUCGACAGACCAUUCAUGGGAUUCGCAUCCUAAUUAUCGUGGUAAUUAUGGCUAUGGUGACCACCAUGGCUCUUCCUCGAACGCCUUGGCUUGGCCUAGAGCAAGUCAUUUGGUUCUUUAUUGUGACAUACAGGGGCAUCUUAAAACAGCUAUCGGUCUUAUCAGACUUUUACUACUUAUAUCAUCGGCGGCGUGUUUGGCAACGUUGUGCAGCGCAGGUACUGCCAAGGUCAGCUUGUUCAUGCUGCCUCUAGUCGGGCGGCUACGUUUCAUGAUCUUCAUAGCAGUUUUUUGUUGUCUCAUCACUUCACUACUCCUCUUCCUCGAUAUAUCUCAUGUUAUCUAUGUUUUUCCUCUGAAUUGGGCGAAAUUGAAUGCUUGGAUAUUCACUGGCAUAGGCUUGUCUUAUGCCUUGAGUAGUGCGUUAUUAGCAUGCUCCGUGUGGGAAUAUCACAGCGGUGGCUGGGUCCCGAGACGUACUCGUUCACAACUGUCUGCCGCGGCAGCGCUCGGCCUGUCCUGCGCUAUUAUAGCAUUUUUGCUCUCAUGGAUACACGGUCGCAGCGAGUCGACUUGUAGGAAUCCAGAUAGCCGUGUUAUCACACCGACCCCCCUUUACAAACCUGUCGACAAUUCUUCCUCUUCUGGAGUCACGUUGAAAGAACGCAGCCCGAAGAGAUCCAGCUCCGGGGUCGUGAAAAAUCACAAUCACACCAGAUACAAGCAGAGUGGUAACGGGCAAGAGGAGAGAAGAAGACGGAGAAGAGACGGUGACAGUAGUUCGACAUGCGAUGGGAAUUUAAUAAGUACCAAAAUCGAUAGUACUAUGUCGCGAAAAUUACCUUUACAAUCGAGAAUGCCAGUGAACAAUAACGCACAGGACUAUUGUGGCGUAGAUGAUAGUUCAAUCCAAGUGACGCAAAACGGGUUCCACUGCGAGAUGGAAUGCACGACCAGUAACAGUAUGGAAAAAGUGGUCGAGAUAGCUAUGAACCGCACUGCCAUGUGGACUGGACAAUGGCAACCGCCGCCCGACGACGUACAACCCUGUUCCAGCAAGACCAUCGAUCCCUACAGUUUCGCCUGAUCAAAUCUCGAAAAGACGUGUACGAUGUCUAUGAGGAAAAAAAAGAAAUAUUGGACUCAUCGCAGUGAAUGACUUUUGGGAACAGUUAUGUAAUACGCAAGUUUCCCUUGGAACGCGGUAUCAUUCAUAACAUCACAGCGAACCUUCGUUUUAUUGUUUUAUCUAUAGAAACUAAGUUUGUCUUUCAAAUCAUUCCUCCCGAACGAAAUCUGUUUGAAAUUUGCAUGUGUAACGGUCACGUUAAUGUUAAAAAAGUAGUGAACACCGAGUCUCUAUUCAUCAUCUCUUGCGUCUUCAUCUUUCUUCUUCUUCUUCUUCUUCGUGCAUAAUACCAACAGCGUUCGGUUCGAAGUCACGCUAUCGAUCAGAUGUAAAUGAAAUUGCAUUCCAUGUUCAUCGAAGGAAGCUCUCUCACGAGAUCAUUACGGGACGGUGUCUUGAAAUCUGAAUAUUCAAGGGAUCCUGUAUAAAAUUAUCGUUGCCUUGUACAUUAUGCUGCCAAGAAACUAAUUUCUCUUUAGUUGUCAGAUUUUUGACAUUUCGCGUCGUACAACCAGACUGCCCGAGACUUAAACAUACAGAUAUACUGUCGUUUCAUUCCAAUUGUAUAUUAAGUAAUAUAAAUUUAAGUAUUCACGGGAUUAUUUGUAAGUAUAGCUUACAUUAGUGAUUAAACACUUGUUUAUCA